GAAGGAGACCUAAAGAUGCCUAUCCUAGACAAAGCCACGGGGAAGAAACUAAAGGAUAGCCACAGCCAAGAUGAGAUGGUACUACCCAAACUGCCAGUACCGCCACUACAACAGACACUGCAAAUGUACCUUCAGUGUAUGAAACAUUUGGUAUCUGAAGAACAAUACACGAAGACCAAGGGAAUUGUGGAGAGGUUUGGAGCUACUGGGGGCCUGGGAGAGAUCUUGCAGCAAAAGCUGCUAGAAAGACGGGAAAAAAUGGAGAACUGGGUCUUAGAGUACUGGCUAGAGGACAUGUACCUGAACAACCGAUUAGCUCUCCCAGUCAAUUCCAGUCCGGCCAUCAUCUUUGCUUACCAACCUUUCCAAGAUGCCAACGACCAACUGAGGUUUGCUGCCAACCUCAUUUCCGGAGUCCUUGAUUAUAAAGCUCUGUUGGACACCCACGCUGUACCUGUUGAUUUUGCUCGCGGACAACUGUCUGGCCACCCACUCUGUAUGAAGCAAUACUAUGGGCUCUUUUCUUCCUAUCGUCUUCCAGGACAUACCAAAGAUACCCUUGUGGCCCAGAAAAACAACAUCAUGCCAGAACCGGAACAUAUUAUUGUCGCUUGUAACAAUCAGUUUUUUGUUUUGGAUGUUGUCAUUAAUUUCCGCCGUCUCAGCGAGGGGGAUCUGUUUACUCAACUGCGGAAGAUAGUUAAAAUGUCCGAGAACGAAGAGGAGAGGCUGCCUCCGAUUGGUCUCCUGACAUCGGAUGGAAGGAGAGAGUGGGCUGAGGCGCGGACGAUCCUCGUCGAAGAUUCUACUAACCGAGACUCGCUUGAUAUGAUCGAACGAAGUUUGUGCUUAGUCUGCCUCGAUACUCCGAGUGGAGAGGAACCCAGUGACACCAACAGGGCUUUGCAACUUCUGCACGGAGGAGGUUACCACAAAAACGGGGCCAAUCGGUGGUAUGAUAAGCCCAUGCAGUUAGUCGUGGGAAGAGACGGAGUCUGCGGAACGGUGUGCGAACAUUCCCCCUUUGAAGGGAUCGUCCUGGUGCAAUGUAUCGAACAUCUGCUCAAGCACAUGAAAGAGGGUGCUAAGAAACUGGUCAGAGCUGAUUCAGUAAGCGAACUUCCUGCUCCGAGGAGACUCAGGUGGAAAUGUUCACCAGAAAUCCAGGCACACUUGGCAUCAGCCGCAGAGAAACUUCAAAGGAUGGUGAAGAAUCUAGAUUUCAUUGUGUAUAAGUUUGAAAACUACGGGAAAGAGUUUAUCAAGAAACAGAAGAUGAGCCCAGAUGCGUACAUCCAAGUCGCACUGCAGUUGGCAUUCUACAGAUUGUACGGCAGACUCGUUCCCACCUACGAAAGUGCAUCCAUACGCCGGUUUGAAGAGGGAAGAGUAGACAACAUCCGAUCAGCAACUCCUGAAGCCUUGGCUUUUGGACAAGGAAUGAUUGAUAAAACUUUAUCUCUAAAGGACUCUGAGAAAAUGCAGCGAUUUAAGGAAGCUAUAACUUCUCAGACAAAUUAUACGAUUUUGGCUAUUACUGGAAUGGCCAUAGACAAUCACUUGCUGGGGCUGAGAGAGACGGCACGCGAACACCUCAAGGAACUGCCAGACAUAUUCACUGACGAAACGUAUUUGACAAGCAAUCGAUUUAUCCUCUCUACCAGCCAGGUCCCAACCACCAUGGAAAUGUUCUGCUGUUAUGGGCCUGUGAUUCCAAAUGGUUACGGCGCAUGCUACAAUCCACAACCCGAGCAUAUAUUAUUCUGCAUUUCAAGCUUUAAAGACUGCAAGGAGACAUCCUCCAACAAAUUUGCAAAAGCCGUGGGAGAAAGUCUUGUGGAUAUGAGAGAGCUCUGCCUCAAAUGCAACACAACUAAGACAAGCACCCCAACUAAACAAGAAGCAACCUCUGCGCCUCCACGUGGUCGGAAGUCCUAA